AUGAGGUUUCAGGCGGUCUUCUGGUUGUUGUCAUUGGUUCAGUCGAUAUACUGCUUGCAAUGGGAUGAAAUUAUACACCUGAGGGACCAAGACGGCUUGAUAGAGGUCACAGAUGACAACUACGAUGUACUUUCGAAAGGCUCGAGGCCCUUUUACUCAAUUUUGUACGUCACAACCUCCCAGACAAACUCUAAUGGUGAAAAAUGCGACCUAUGUGAUGAAUUCGAAGCAAAUGUACGGAAAGUUUCGCGUGCAAUGCUGGAUCAACUGUCGGAAGAAAUAAACCAAGAUGCAUUUUUCUUUAAAUUGGACGUCUCGCACUGUAAGUCCUUCGUGCAGGAGAUGGGCCUUAAAACGAUACCGCAUCUGUUGGUGUAUCCACCGCAUCCAAAGGAUGGGAACUUUUCAUGGACUCAGAACCAAUUUUUCCAAUACAAGAUCACCGCAGAAACUUCGAAAGACCCACUCAAGUUUGCUCACUAUUUAGCCAAGAUACUAAACGUCUACAUUCAAAUGGCACUCGAUUUCGACAUAACAGAGUUUUCGUACUAUUUCGUAGCAUCCUUGGCUGCGUUUUACACUUUUAAAAAGAAGAUUUUACCCCGUAUAUCACGUAAGGGCAUGUUCUUCUCGCUGUGCUUUUCUCUGGCAAUAAUAUUGACAUCCAUCACCGGUUACAAGUUCACGCAAAUGAACAACAUUCCACUGAUAGCGAGAAAUCAAGAUGGUCGAAUAAUGUUUUUCAGCGGUGGCAUGGGUUGGCAAUUUGGCAUCGAAAUACUUACCGUGACCGGCAUGUAUAUGUGGUUGGGAGGGUCUUUUGUUGGCAUGAUUUUACUACCUCGUUUGAAGUUGAGGCCCGUGACUUUCAACGUAACUGCCUUCACUCUGCUGGUGUUCGGCGCGUUCGGGUUCGUAUACUUUAUUGAGUGCUUCAGGAUUAAACAACCUGAUUAUCCCUUUGGGAUGUAA